UCGAGGCUUCCACACGCGUCCAUUCAUUCACCCCCAUUCAUUCAUUCUUUAAAUCCCACACCACGUGUUACGAAUACGAAACGUAACUUGAGAAAAACAAUUCUAAUUUCAAAUAAAUUUCUCAAUUAUCAACUGAAUGGUUACUAAAUUAAUGUCGUUAAUGAAUGAAUGAUAUUUGUGAGUUUGAAUUUGGAAUUUAUAAUUGGAGUUUGUGGCAGUGAUGUGUGUGAAAAAUUGUAGUGAGAUUGUUAUUUUGUUGAUAAUUAUGGCAGUUGGAUAUGGAAGUAAUAGUAAUAGAGGUGCAGAACACACAACUGAGAAAGAAACUCGGCCAGAAUACAUCCACCCUGAUGACCUCCUAUCAUUUGACCCUUACCUGUCAGACUUCAAGCCUGUCGAAGCUGAAGACGACUAUAUACCUCUUCCAGAAAACGAUGAAACCAUAGACGGACAACCAGUGUUCCUAGCUGAACCCAAAAACUCAUACGUGCUUAAGACCAAACCAGCAACUUUAUUAUGCCGUGCUGCUAAUGCCUUGCAAGUUUUCUUCAAAUGUAAUGAUGUAAGGACUGACAAGACUAUACAGUUUGAACAUGUAGAUCCGCAGAAUGGAGUAAGAGUUGUAGAAGUGGAACUCAAUGUGACAAGAGAUGAGGUUGAUGAGUAUUUUGGAGGGAAAUACGGGUGCGAAUGCUAUGCGUGGAAUAGCAAAGGCAAGAUACGAAGUCAAGCUGUUUUUGUUGAACUAGCUUAUAUAAAGAAGCAAUUCAGUCAGCAGCCCCAAUCGGCGACUGUGGAAGCAGGCAGGAGCGUCAGCCUAAGAUGUUCCCCUCCCCCUGCCGUACCCCCCGCUACCCUCAAGUGGACGAGAAACGGAGUCACUAUCGAACCUAGUGACGAAGUCUUGGUACUGCCCAAAGUGGGGCUACAAGAUAUGGCCAACUACACAUGCGUAGCUGAGAACAUUGCAGGAAGACGGGAAUCUGAUGUUGCUGUUCUAUCCGUCUAUGUGAAUGGGGGUUGGUCGCCGUGGUCGCCAUGGUUACCAUGCCGAUGUGGUACUGAAAGCAGAGGGAAAAGACGAACCAGAUCCUGUACAGAGCCUGCCCCAGCUAACGGUGGCGCGCCUUGCAGAGGACAAUCUGCGCAGACUGAUGGAGAGUGCCUUAGCUGUCAGAAUGGUAAUUCCUGGUCUCCGUGGGGUGCAUGGUCAUCGUGCAGUAUAGAUUGUUUGAGGAUCCGUAGAAGACAGUGUACAGGCAGCUGUUCUGGAGCCACCUUUGAACAUGCUCCGUGUGUUGAUGGCAUGUGCUCUUCUGGGAUGAGUAAGUCAAAAUUUUAUAUAAACAGAGAUGAUACAACUCUCUACGUUGGUGUGGGCAUCACAGUGGUAAUGUUGAUCGCUGGAGCUGUCAUUCUGUUCGUCUGGUUCAAGUACAGAAACGGAAGACCUGGAUACAGUUCUGCUAGAAUUGGUAUACCAAAGACAUAUCCAGGCACAGGGACAGCAAGAAGUAAAGGGAACGUAGCGCCAGACCUUACAAGAACUUGCAACGAAUACUGGAUGCAGGGCCCUGAUAAUCAUUAUGACUUGCCACAUGUUAGAGAUAGUUACUCAUCACCAUUUGGCAACAGAAGUAGACAACAGUCAUCGAUUGGAAGUAAUCACUAUGAGAUGAAACCAUACAGUCCAUCUGGUGAUUCCGCGUCCAGUUGCUAUACUAAUUCAAGGACGAUGACGUCACGGUCCAGUGAGUGUUCGUCAUCGCAACUAGCAGAGUUGGUGACAGCUUCGCCGUCGCCUAUGUCCAAAGUGGACGUCGCAGUCACUUUGCCACCAGGUUCUUUGGACAGCAGCUAUAGAGACAAAAUUUGUUUGACUAUUGUUAAAUAGUUCUCAUCUAAGUUAUAAUACUUUGUUUUUAAUUAAAUUAAUGACGUCUUGUUUUCGUUUUUUGAGGACGGUUCUAGAAAAUCGAAUGAGUUCUUUUUUCGAAACGUUUUUAAGACUAAUAAUGUUAAAUUGCAUUCUAUUAUUAAAGACUGGUUAGGCAUGAUUUUGGAAGCGAUUGUACAUUGUUUUUAAAUGUAUAAAAUUCGGCAGGGUUGGAAUAAUUUCAAAAUAAAAAAUCUAUUGUAACUUGCCAGAAAGCGCCUUACGUUAUUGCUUUGUCCGGCCAAGUUAUGCAUCAAGCAAAUAAGACAUAAUUUACGUGGUGAAGUAUAUAUCUAGAUUCUGGUUUUACAGCCAAGAAAAAUACGAUGAUGUGUCUAUAUCUGUUUCUACAUCAGUUACUCAUUCAGUUUUACUUUUUUUAUUCCUAGAACUAGUAAUGGCCAGUUUUAGGGUUGUAGUUCACUUAUUGAGUCCGAACAUCACACAGUUGAAACAGUCACACGAUCUUACAUUCUUAGAUCGAGAUUAAUGACUAAUCCUCACCCAUUUUAAGCUUGCAAUUGGAAGAUUCAGUCACUUGGCCUACAUAAAAUAAUUUGUUCAAUUGCUGUUACUUCGUCAUCGUAUUUACAACCACAAUUUUGUUAGUUUUUAUUCAUUUACUAUUGAAGAUGAUUCACACAUGAUCAUUGAUAUGUAUAAGGUUACUUCUAAGGUCAAUUUCUAUGUCACUGCCUAUAUCAGCUAAGACUGAAUGUUCAUCUUUGUCAGUUCACCAUAUACUCAAUUGCAUUUAAUAUUAACUAGUAUUUAUUUUAGUUCUCCUAUGACUACUGUUUGUUAUUACUUAUCAUAUAAGAUCAACGAUGUAAAUAUUGUAAUUAAUAA